GUAAAAAGUGACCCGGUGUUGCAGCUGGGAGCCCGGGGACCAUGGAUUUGCCGAGGUCCCCUCCGACGAGGAAGAGCUCGAUAUGGAACUCGAGUUUAGCUGUUUUCAUUUUGACACUAGUCCUGUGGCAAUCGUCGGGGAUCCGGGCAGCUGAUCCAGUAGAUGUUUUACAAGUGUUGCAGUUUAACAGGUUACCUGAAGGAGUGAGGACGACCACAGGCUUCUGCCCCAAAAGGAAAUCCGUCUCCAGUGCAGAUGUGGCUUACAGAAUAUCCAAAAAGGCUCAAAUCAGCGCUCCCACCAAACAGCUCUUCCCAGGAGGUACUCGAUUCCCCGAAGACUUCUCCAUCAUGACACUGGUGAAACCGAAGGCUGGAAACCAAGCUUUCCUGCUGUCCAUCUACAGUGAGCAAGGCAUGCAGCAGGUGGGAGUGGAGAUAGGCCGUUCACCCGUCUUCCUGUACGAGGACCACAGUGGGAAGCCUGCACCCGAGGACUACCCCAUCUUUGGAGGCAUCAAUCUCUCAGAUGGAAAGUUAGUAGAUAGGGCUGCUCCUCGCUCUCACGCACACUCUCACUCUGUCUCUCUCCCUCAGGGUGAUAUCCAACAGCUGCUGAUAUCUUCGGACCCCCGGGCGGCCUAUGACUAUUGCCAGCACUACAGCCCAGACUGCGGCACCCCGCUCCCGGAUUACCCCCAGAGUCAGGAACCCAGUGCCAAGGAGUAUAAAGGGAAAACCAAUGGGCGGAAGCAGGCGAAGCCGAAAGCUGAGGCUGCCCAGAGAAAGGCGCCCUUGCCGAAGCCUGCCUCCGUCAAGCUGGCCACAGCCGCCACCCGGAACUCUGCCGUCAGGUUCAGUGUCGCUGCCACCAACAAGGCUGCCACCAACAAGGCUGGCAUCACAAGAAUCCCUCAGAAGAGCCGGCUAAAUGGUUUUCAACAGGAUCCAACAGACCCCGCUCUCUAUGAGGAGGAGAUCUCCGUUGAGAACAUCCCAGCCAGACAGGACUACGGUGAGGUGGCAGUCACAGAAGAGCUCCCGCAAAUCGUUGAGGCUGAUGUGACCAAGCUGGAGCAGGCAGCUACCACCGUGCACCCGGUUACAGGCGAUGUGGUGUAUAAGGAGUAUUUCACUGGGGAAGAUCUUGGUCCCGGUGAUCCGGGCUACGAUUAUGACUACGUUUACAAAGAUUACUACGAGGAGCCCUUGCCCACGGAGAUUGGUCCGGGACUGCCUGUUGAGAGCGAGGUAUACACAGAAGGAGGUCAGUCUGGCCCCCCAGGUCCAGCAGGACCUCCCGGACCCAUGGGUGAACCUGGCGAGAGGGGUCGUAAAGGCCGGCCUGGGCUACCUGGUGCUGAUGGGUUACCUGGCCCUCCUGGUUCAUCACUCAUGCUGCCAUUCCGAUUCGGCGCCAGUGGAGGUGACAAGGGGCCGGUGGUGUCCGCGCAGGAGGCCCAGGCGCAGGCGAUCUUGCAGCAGGCUCGGUUGGCGUUAAGAGGACCAUCAGGACCCAUGGGGUUCACAGGGCGACCUGGACCUUUGGGGAGUCCUGGAGAGCCAGGAUUGAAGGGAGAACAAGGAGAUAUUGGGCCUCAGGGUCCCCGUGGUCCCCGAGGCGCGCCGGGUGCACCAGGCCGAUCUGGACGGAGGGGUCGCCCAGGAGCUGAUGGGGCACGAGGAAUGCCAGGCGAGUCUGGAAUUAAGGGUGACCGAGGAUUUGAUGGACUGCCUGGCUUGCCUGGAGAGAAGGGGAACCGGGGGGAACCUGGUGCGCAAGGACCGAUGGGAAAACAAGGGGAAGAUGGAGAGAGGGGAGAUGAUGGUGAAGCUGGACCAAGAGGGUUGCCAGGGGAGUCUGGACCAAGAGGACUCCUUGGACCCAAAGGACCCCCUGGACUGCAAGGACCACCUGGUGUGCGAGGAUCAGAUGGCCCCCAUGGUCCGAAAGGAAGCCUGGGACCACAAGGAGAACCAGGACCUCCUGGACAACAAGGGAUCCCCGGAGCUCAGGGUAUACCCGGUCCUCAGGGAGCCAUGGGUCCUCCGGGCCACAAGGGCCCAACUGGAAAACCUGGACUUCCUGGAAUUCCUGGAGCUGAUGGUCCUCCUGGCCACCCAGGUAAAGAAGGUGCAGUGGGUCCAAAGGGUAACCAGGGUCAGUCUGGUCCACAAGGUCCUAUUGGCUAUCCUGGCCCACGUGGUGUGAAGGGAUCUGAAGGAAUCCGAGGGUUGAAGGGACACAAAGGUGAAAAGGGUGAAGAUGGGUUCUCAGGCUUCAAGGGAGACAUGGGCCUCAAAGGCGAACGAGGAGAGAUUGGGCCAACCGGUCCUCGAGGGGAGGAUGGACCCGAAGGUCCCAAAGGUCGUGUAGGACCUCCAGGUGACCCUGGUCCCUUGGGUGCACCAGGUGAGAAGGGUAAACUUGGAGUGCCCGGUCUCCCUGGUUACCCUGGACGCCAGGGACCUAAGGGUUCUCUUGGUUUCCCCGGAUUCCCAGGAGCUAACGGAGAGAAAGGUGCUAGGGGCUUGCAAGGCAAGUUGGGUCAACGAGGACAGCGUGGACCUACGGGUCCACGUGGUCAACGAGGACCAAGAGGAGCAACUGGAAAACCAGGGGCAAAGGGAAGCUCGGGAACUGAUGGGCCUCCGGGUCCUCCUGGAGAACGGGGUCUUCCAGGGCCUCAAGGAUCAACUGGCUUUGCAGGACCAAAGGGACCACCUGGACCACCAGGAAAGGACGGACUUCCAGGACACCCUGGACAGAGAGGAGAAGUGGGAUUCCAAGGCAAGACUGGCCCUCCUGGACCACCAGGUGUAGUUGGACCUCCGGGCGCUAGUGGUGAAACAGGACCGAUGGGUGAGAGGGGACAUCCAGGACCUCCUGGGCCACCUGGGGAGCAAGGUUUAUCUGGUCAGUCUGGGAAAGAAGGCACCAAGGGUGGACCAGGAUUGAAAGGUAGUCAGGGUCCCCCAGGACCACCUGGACCAGCGGGCUCCCCUGGAGUGAGAGGCAAAGCAGGACCUGGAGGUCCCAUCGGUCUCCCAGGACGUCCAGGACCUCAGGGACCACCUGGCCCCGCAGGGGAGAAAGGAGUGCCGGGUGGUAAAGGCCCGAUUGGUCCUGCUGGCCGAGAUGGUGUCCAAGGCCCUGUCGGACUUCCAGGGCCCGCGGGCACACCUGGAGGUCCUGGUGAGGAUGGUGACAAGGGUGAAGUGGGUGAACCUGGACACAAAGGGAGGAAGGGAAACAAAGGUGAACAUGGUCCACCCGGUCCUCCAGGUCCAAUCGGUCCCGUUGGUCAACCAGGUCCUGCAGGUGCUGAUGGAGAGCCUGGACCGAGGGGCCAGCAGGGACAUUUUGGACAGAAGGGCGAUGAUGGUCCCAGAGGCUUCCCUGGAUCACCAGGUCCAAUUGGCCUGCAGGGAAUGCCUGGGCCUUCAGGAACCAAGGGUGAGACUGGUGAUGUUGGUCCCAUGGGUCCACCUGGCCCUCCUGGUCCUACCGGCCCUGCCGGUCCAAAUGGAGCUGAUGGUCCUCAAGGUCCCCCUGGAGGCAUUGGCAACCCAGGGUCCAUUGGAGAAAAGGGUGAAGCUGGAGAAUCCGGCGUUCCUGGAAUCCAAGGCCUUCCUGGGCGAAAGGGUCCAAAAGGUGAGAGAGGAGAAAGAGGAGAAACUGGCCAACCUGGUGAAGCUGGGCCUCCAGGUACUAAAGGGCCCACUGGCGACGAUGGACCCAAGGGCAAUCCUGGUCCUGUUGGCUUCCCUGGUGACCCCGGCCCUGGUGGUGAGCCUGGACCACGUGGUCAGGACGGUGCAAAGGGUGAAAGGGGAGAGACUGGUGAGCAAGGUCAAGCUGGGUCUCCUGGUCCAACUGGUGAAGUAGGACCACCAGGUCCAACAGGAAAGAGAGGUCCAGCUGGAGCUCCUGGUCCAGAGGGAAGAGAGGGCGAGAAAGGAAGCAAGGGUGAAUCAGGAGCCAAGGGACCUCCUGGGAAAACUGGUCCUAUUGGCCCGCAGGGCACCCCGGGGAAACGAGGUCCUGAGGGUCUCCGAGGAAUUCCUGGUUCUGUGGGUGAACAAGGAACUCCUGGAUCCCCGGGACAGACAGGUCCUCCUGGUCCAAUGGGCCCCCCUGGAUUACCUGGCUUGAAGGGAGAUGGUGGCCCUAAGGGAGAGAAGGGUCACCCUGGCCUGAUUGGAUUGAUUGGACCACCAGGAGAGCAGGGGGAGAAGGGUGAUCGUGGCCUGCCUGGUCCAUCGGGAAAAGAAGGACUUAAAGGAGACACUGUAAUUACUUUCAACCUUCAUGUUUCAAAUGAACACCAAUUUCCUGCAGGUCCGCCUGGUCCUAAAGGGUCAAAAUGUUCUCAGGGCCCACCAGGUGAAGUAAUUCAACCGCUACCUAUCCAGAGGCGCAAGAAGAGCAAACGCUCAGUGUCCGUCGAUGGCAGCAAGAUGGAGCAUGAUGAUCAGGUGAUGGGAGAUGAAAUCCUGGACUAUGCUGAUGGCAUGGAGGAAAUCUUUGGAUCAUUGAACUCGCUAAAGGUGGAGAUUGAACAGAUGAGACACCCCAUUGGCACAAAGGAAAAUCCAGCACGCACCUGCAGGGAUCUGCAGCUCUGUCAUGAAGACUACCAGGAUGGAGUGUUUGAGGUCAAUGUUGAAGAAGCUUUAUUUUCUGUUAAAAGAGUAGAGGGAGAUAAUGGUCACAGCCAAUACGUGUUGUAUCUCUCCGGGAGUGGCCCACCAGGUGAAGUAAUUCAACCGCUACCUAUCCAGAGGCGCAAGAAGAGCAAACGCUCAGUGUCCGUCGAUGGCAGCAAGAUGGAGCAUGAUGAUCAGGUGAUGGGAGAUGAAAUCCUGGACUAUGCUGAUGGCAUGGAGGAAAUCUUUGGAUCAUUGAACUCGCUAAAGGUGGAGAUUGAACAGAUGAGACACCCCAUUGGCACAAAGGAAAAUCCAGCACGCACCUGCAGGGAUCUGCAGCUCUGUCAUGAAGACUACCAGGAUGGUGAAUACUCGUAUGAUCCAAAUCAGGGCUGUGCAGCAGAUUCCUUCAAGGUGUACUGUAACUUCACUGCGGGCGGAGAGACCUGUAUUUUUCCAGAUAAGAAGUCUGAAGGGCCCCGACAGCUUUCCUAUGUGGACUCCGACAGUAACCCAGUUGGUGUCGUCCAGAUGACAUUCCUAAGAUUGCUGAGUGUGUCAGCUCGCCAGAACUUCACCUAUCACUGCCAUCGCUCGGUAGCCUGGCAUCACCUGGCAACCGAUAAUUACGAUAAAGCCAUGCGUUUUCUGGGAUCCAAUGAUGAGGAGAUGUCAUUCGAUAACAACCCCUACAUCAAAGCCAUCGUGGAUGGCUGUGCGCUGAGGAAAAGGAACGGAAAGAGAGUUCUAGAGAUCAAUACUCCACAGGUUGAGCAGAUGCCUUUCGUCGAUGUGCUGUUCACGGAUUUCACCGAACCCAACCAGAAGUUUGGAUUUGACGUGGGACCCGUCUGCUUCCAGGGAUAAAACGAUGAUUAGAAUAAA